UGUCAACUGACAGUUCCAGAAAAAACUAUUUUUGUCGGAUGCGGUGCUAGAAAUUUCCAAACAUUCGUUGCCCACGGGAGAGAUUAAAAGUCCCGAACAUGACUGAUACAGCAGAAAAUACUAGUGCAGCUAAGCCAAAAAUCAAGCAUGAUUGGUACCAGACAGACGCACAGGUGGUGGUCACCAUCCUCCUCAAGAAUGCACCCGCUGACAAGGUGAAAGUGCAUUAUGGAGACCGCAGUCUCUCGCUGUCCGCCCCGCUACCAAGCACAGACGCCGAAUACAGUCUAGAAUUAGAACUAGCACACGAGGUUAUUCCUUCCAUGAGCGCCCACGUAGUGUCACCGUCCAAGAUAGAAGUGAAGUUAAGAAAGAAGGAAGGUCUCCGAUGGGCCAAGCUAGAAGGAGAGGGUAAUGAGGAGAAAGUGAAAGCUAUUCCACAGGCCGUCAUAGAUGCUUCUGGGCCUCCUGCGCCGCGAAAGAUAUACAAAAAGGACUGGGAUAAGAUUGAGAAAGAGAUUAAGAAAAUGGAGGAAGAGGAAAAGCCAGAAGGAGACGCGGCGCUGAACGCGCUCUUCCAGAAGAUAUACGGCGAGGGGUCGGAUGAAGUGCGGAGGGCUAUGAACAAAAGCUUUGUUGAGUCCGGAGGCACUGUGCUCAGCACGAAUUGGAACCAGGUCGCCAAGGACAAGGUGGAGGUCAAACCGCCCGACGGACUCGAGUUCAAGAAGUGGGACGAAUAGACAACUGUACCAGAGACAACAU